GAAAUAAUUGAUGGCUGUAUUCAAGAGAAAUAUGUCCUCUGGAAUUUCAAAAAUUUUAAAUUAAAUGAUUUAUAUAAAUAAAUAAAUUAAUAAUUGAUCAAAAUUCAGUAAUGAACAAAACAAGUGACCAGCGACCCCUUAAUUUUAAAAAAUCCCCCGAAAGUGAUGGCGAAAUCAAAAAACGACGGGAGAUAAAAAAAUGUAUUGAGCAAAGUAUUGACCAAAACCUUUCGCUGGAUGUACUUGCCAAGUUAUGCCUGACUCCGUACGGACUGGUCAACGACCAUUUUCGACGAAUUCUGUGGCCACAGAUAGCAGGUGUUGAUGUAAAAAGCUUAGAACGAGCUCCAACCCUCAAAGAAUUGCAAUACCACCCUGAAUAUAAUCAAGUAGUGUUGGAUGUAAAUCGUUCUUUAAAACGUUUUCCACCUGGCAUUCCGUAUAAUCAACGAAUUGCACUACAAGACCAACUUACUGUUCUUAUUUUACGAGUAAUUCAAAAGUAUCCUAACUUACGGUACUAUCAAGGCUAUCACGACGUGGCUGUCACAUUUCUACUGGUUGUUGGCGAAGAAAUUGCCUAUGCGAUAAUGGAGAAGCUCUCUACGACGCAUUUUUCGGAAUGUAUGCAGGAGACUAUGGAGGCUACUCAAAGACGUCUGUUGUUUAUUUGGCCUGUCAUAAAGUCUGAAAACCCAGAGCUUUUAAGUUUAUGCAAAAGCUCAACGGUAGGGACUUUGUUCGCAUUACCAUGGUAUUUGACGUGGUUUGGGCAUAGUUUAAAUUCGUACAAAUCUGUAGUCCGUUUAUAUGACUAUUUUCUAGCAUCACCUAUAUAUACACCUAUCUUUCUAACGGCUGCAAUUUUACUGUAUCGAUCAAACGAAAUAUUAAAGGAGGAGUGUGAUAUGGCAUCAGUGCAUUGCCUCUUAUCAACGCUUCCAGAAAAUUUACCAUUUGAAGAGCUUUUAAGAACAUCCACCAUGCUUGUUAAUAAGUAUAACCUAUCAGAAAUAGAGAACGAUGUUGAAGUGCUUAUCUGCCAAGAGAAAAAGCUACGUGUAGCUGAGGAAAAUAUGGUGAUAAAUAGACGCCGACAGAUGUCAAGACCAGCCAAGGCCAAUCAAAUUUUUAGCAUAGGACAUUGGCUUUCAAAAAGUUCAACUUCUAAGUCGUUAAUAUUAACAUCGGCUCUUUCUAUUGCAGUAGGUAUAUGUGUGUAUUAUUACAAGAAUCAGUACUUGGCGGCAGGUAUUAGCUGAAUAUUAGGAACUUGUGUUCAUUCAAGAAUAAUUUGUAUAUCGCGAUUUCAGGCAAUAAUCCCGAAAUUAAGUUUAAUUGUAGAAGUCAACUUGUGAAAUGUAAAUAUUUAAACAAAACUGUAAUAUAGUAAAAAGCGCGUUUAAUAUUUUGAAUUCGUUAUAUUAAA